AUGCCGCCCCCCUCCUCAUCAAAACAAAAGCGAUUGGCUGAGAAAGCCGCAAAACAAGCAUCCAAGUCAAAGGGGGGCACAGACGCCUCGACGUCUACGGAGACACCGAGUGGUUCCGUCAAUGGCGGGAGCUCGGUGAACACACCUAUGACUAGUAUGUCGGCGGCAACAAGCCAGGAGAAUCUCACCUCGAUGGCGAAGCUGCAGAUUGCGACGGAUCGGAGUGCUUCUGGAGUGCUUGUCUCCGAUGUCAAGGGUCGGGAUAUCAAGAUUGACUCAUUUACACUAUCGUUCCACGGGCGAUUACUCAUCGAGAGCGCUGAAGUGUCGUUGAAUUAUGGGCAGCGAUAUGGUCUCCUGGGAGACAAUGGCUCAGGAAAGUCAACAUUGCUGCAAUCAAUUGCCGAACGCGACGUUCACAUCCCAGAGCACAUCGACAUCUACCUUGUCCGUGGCGAGGCAGAGCCCUCGGAUGUGAACGCCGUAGACUACAUCGUCGCCUCGGCCAAGGAGAAGGUCGCCAGACUGGAGCAGCGCAUCGAAGAUAUCUCGGUCGAGGACCCUGUCGACGAGCUCGCUUUGGACGCUGCGUACGAGGAGCUGGAGGAGAUGGAUCCCAGUACCUUCGAGGCUAAGGCCGGCAGUAUUCUCCACGGUCUCGGCUUCAGCCAGCAGAUGAUGCUGCGGCCGACCAAGGAUAUGAGCGGUGGUUGGCGGAUGCGUGUUGCUCUCGCGCGAGCGCUUUUCGUUAAGCCACACCUUCUCUUGCUCGAUGAGCCCACGAACCAUCUCGAUCUUGAAGCGGUCGUGUGGUUGGAAGCCUACCUGUCCAUGUAUAACCAUAUCCUCGUCAUCACGUCGCACUCGCAGGACUUCAUGGACAGUGUAUGUACUAACAUCAUGGACCUUACCAUGAAGAAGAAACUGGUCUACUACGGUGGUAACUACUCAACGUACGUGCGGACAAAGCAAGAAAACGAGGUCAACCAAAUGAAGGCAUACCAAAAGCAACAGGACGAAAUCGCUCACAUCAAGAAAUUCAUUGCUUCUGCGGGAACAUAUGCGAAUCUUGUCAGGCAAGCGAAGUCAAAGCAGAAGAUCAUAGACAAGAUGGAGGCAGCGGGUCUCAUCGAGAAGAUCGAGGUGCCCAAGCCUCUUCGGUUCAACUUCGAGGAUGUCGGCAAACUUCCACCGCCUAUUCUCGCUUUCAACGAUGUGGCGUUCUCCUACUCAGGAAAAAAAGAGGAUUAUCUGUACCAGCAUCUUUCUUUCGGUAUCGACAUGGAAUCGCGUGUCGCCAUCGUAGGCCAGAACGGUACAGGAAAAUCGACCUUGUUGAAUCUCAUCACCGGUGUGCUGCAGCCCUGCGAGGGUAAUAUUUCACGCCACGUGGGCCUGAAGCUUGCGAAAUACUCGCAGCAUUCCGCCGACCAGCUUCCAUACGAGAAGUCCCCCAUUGAGCAUAUGCAAUCGCUGUACGCUCAGAAGUUCCCAGACAAGGAUCUCCAGGCGUGGCGUGCGCAGUUGGGCCGCUUCGGUCUCUCGGGCGCGCACCAGACGGCUCCGAUCAAACAACUAUCGGACGGCCUGCGGAAUCGUGUUGUGUUUGCCCAAUUAGCAAUGGAACACCCACACAUUCUCCUGCUCGAUGAACCCACCAAUCACUUAGAUAUGGCAUCAAUUGAUGCACUUGCUCGUGCGAUCAAGGAGUUUGAGGGAGGCGUCGUGAUCGUGUCCCACGAUUUCCGUCUCAUCUCCCAGGUUGCAGAAGAGUUGUGGGAGGUCAAGGAUCGCAAGAUCAAGAACCUUACGAAGGAAGAUAUUACGAUCGUGGACUACAAGAAGCUGCUGGUCAAGCACAGUUACGCUGCACUGGAGAAGGCGAAGCUGUUCAGCAAAACUACGAGCAAGACAAAGACCUAG